AUGGAAGGGGUGCUUUGGGGUUGCGAAGGCCGACCCGGCUCCCCGGCCGACCUCGACGGGGACACUCUGGACUAUCUGGCCGACGAGGCCGCGAUGGCCAUCCUGCAGCAGCUGACCGACCGGGAUGACCUGUGUGUCCGCAGAAACCCCUCCCCAGAGAGCUGCGACUCUGAGGUGUCCACCCUUUGGGCGGAGUCGCAGGCAGGUCCCGGGGGUGGAAGCGCGGGGGCCUAUGGUUGGGUGGGAUCUCGGCUGCCUUCCACAGCCCGACUGCCCUUCCGAGAGCCUGGGGGAGGCCGGGCCUGGGGAAGCCGCAAAAGAGGAGCUCAGAAUAGGUCAGAGAUCACCGUGGGUCGCCAGCUGUCCUUCGCAGAAGGCCUGGUGGGCUCGCCUUCCGACUCCGAAUCAUCAGAUGACUUCAGCGAGCUGCACCUGCUGAGUUUCAGCCUCCGUGGCAAGGGGGUGGGCCAGGCCAAACCCAGGGGCCUGCAGGGCACACCCAGACACUCGAGUGCCCACGUCAGGGAGACAUUCCUUCGUGUGCCAGGCUCCUUCCUGCCCUCCGCUCCCCAACACCUGGCUUCCGCUGGGGUGAGGCAGGCUGUUGGAGAGCUGGAUGUGUCCUGCAGGAAACCCCAAAGUGUGGUCUGGGGGAAGGAGGGGAGCAGGCCCAGCUACCUGCCAGGCGCUGCUGCUGCUGCAGGUGGCCUGCCCCAGGUCACUCCUGCAAGGAAAGUGGCCCAGGAGAAGAAAUUCCCAGGGGGGGCCUGCAGAGUUGCCCCCCAGGGUAUCUUCCCUCCCUGGGGGCAGAGAGUCUCAGCCCCUGUCUUGGAGCCAACCACCUUCCCCCCAGUCUCUGGGGUGCCGCUGCUCGGGAGGGGAAAGGGGUAUUCCUUGGGUCCCGUGGGAACCAAACAGCCCAAGCACUCCAGCGCCGGGCAGAAGUCUGGGGCCAGGAGGAAGAAGGGGUCCCUGCCGGUGUUGGUAGAAGAAAAGGAACCGGAGAGAGACCCAAGCCUAGAAGUCCAACCUCUGACACACAGUCCAGAAUGCAGCAGUGGCGACGGCAACAGCAACAGCAGAGCCGCCGGGGUUCCAGGACAAGCAUGGCCCUGGGCCCUGAGCCAGGGAGAAGCCCUGCCCAGAGGACCCACACCCUGCACCCUUCCCACCUCCCUGGGUGCUUUGGAAGCUGGAUUGUGUGUCCUUUCCCUCUCAGGUAACCAGGAGCCACUUGGACGCCCCCCAGCGCGGGAAAGGCAGCAGCAACCGCCUGGAGCAGAGGGUUGUCCUCGGUGCCCGGAGCUGCAGAGACAAAUAUAUGACCUUAGACAGCAACUAGCGGCCAUGCAGUCCCUGGCUGACAAGUUCCAGAACCUGUGAUGUGAGUGUUGCACACACCAUACCCCUGCCCACAGCCGUGGCUGUUGAGGAGGGCUGUGGGCUGGCCCUGGCUUGGAG